AUGCCUCAGCUCCUGAGAGAGAUUCUCUACGUGAUUGAAACAUUCUACAAUUAUGCCAGAGAAGAUGGCAGUAAGGCAACAUUGACCUGCAGAGAGCUUAAACAACUCAUCCAGGGCGAGUUUGGGGAAAUUCUUCAGCCAUCUGUCAUUCAUGCUGUGGAAAGAAAGUUGGACAUCUUGGAUAUUGACAGGAAUGACAACAUCACUUUUGAAGAAUUUAUUCUUGCAAUCUUCAACUUGCUGAACCUCUGUUAUCUUGACAUACAAUCAUUGCUAAAUUCAGAGUCAAGACCAAUGUCUAAGUCAGGAAAAAAUCCAGAUGAUGUGGAUCCGCAGGGAACCAGUAGAACUUAUCAGAUGGCAAAGGGAAACUUACCCGUGCAAGAUGAGGAGGGACUUCCUUCAGGGAUAAAAUUGUCAGCUCAGCCCAGCCUCAAGGAAAGAGCAGAAGAUGAACACAACAGAGAAGACCAACAUGGAGAUUCCAAGACUCACAACUUGCCUCAAGAAGCAUCUGGGACCAAUGUUCCUAGGAAUCAAUACUCGGUAGGAGAUGAACAGAUGCAAAAAGGAGCACAAGAUGCACAUGCAAGAAGAAACAAUGAAGUCCAACCUGAGACAAAUAAUACAACAUCAGAGGCAAGACACACUGGUAGUUCCACAAAUCAGGCAGAACAAGAUGAAGAGAUUCCUGAGGAGGGAGAUAAACCAGCCAGUGAUCAAAGUGGCCAAGAGAUAAGGCAGCAGUUUGAAGGACAAGGGGAAAAUAUGGACACUCAAAGUUCUCCACAAGAAGCAGCAACACAAAAGUCAUCUAAAAAUCAGGAAGUGGACCUUGAAAAGGGAGUUAAAGAACACAAUAUAAUACAAGCACUCCAGGAAAAUGAUGAUGUCGGGUCAGAGGAUAUGAACCUAGAAAAAACUGCUGCCCAGAAGCCAUGUCCAAAACAGAAAUCAACUGAGCCUGAGGAUGAGAACAAAGAAGGUGAGACUGAAGAAGUCAAGAGAACCACAUCACAGGCAAAAAAUUCAGCUGAGCCUGAGUAUACUGAUACUGCAUCUGAGAUUCAAGAGCCACUGGUACAAAAAACAAAGGAACUGCCAGUCCAAGGUGAUGCCAGCAGUGAUUCAAAAACAACUGAUAUUAGAGGAGAGGAGCAAGAGGGGAGAGAUUCUGGGGCCCAUAGACAAGCAGAGCAGAGAGGAAGUGAGGAAAAGACUCCUCCACUCACUGUAAUAGACCAAAUACAGGAAGAGAAGUACCAGCAAGUUCAGGAAUCACUGAAAGAAUGGAACACCCAGAAAUCUUCUAUGACACAAGAAUUAAACCUAGAAGGAAAAGAGGACGGCCAUCCUAGAAUUGUAAGAGCAAUGGUAACAGAAGAAGCAAGGCUUGCUGAGCAAAGCAAAGCAGAGAUUCUUAUGAGUGAUGAGAUUGUUUUUGCAGCAGCAGGAAAUCCAGGACUAAGGGACCAAAAGCAAGAGCUGGUGCAACUUGAGAACAAGUCAGGAAGAGAAAAUAAGAGGGUUGAUCAAACUAGUGACAAGCCUAUCAAAGAGGAUGUUGAUUACCAGGGACAGUAUCAUGAGCCAACUGUCGCACAGAAUUAUGAGAGGCCUCCCCAAAUUUACAGAUCAAUUCCAAAGAAUCCUGAAAGUGGCUCAGAAACAAGCAACGAAUAUGGACAAAGGGAGUACCAGAGAAAAGCAGACCCAUUCACAAAGUAUGUGCAAGGAAGUCAGAGUGAUAACCCCAACACCCAGAAACAGGUAACACUAGGUGAAGAAAAUAGAACUCAAGAGGUAGUGCUACAGUUAGACAGAAAUGAUGAGUCACUCACUGAGGAACAUGGAGGAAGGCAUCAAAAUAAUCACAGCUCAGUGACUAAAGGAUCAGAGCCAGCCUUGGAGCCUAGUGGUCAUCCAGAGGAGUCUAAGGAAGAAGCAGAAAACACUAAGUCAUCCCUGGAGAAAGAGGUCCCAGGUGUCCUGAAGGAAGACUUGAAAAAUCAGGUUUCUAUUACACAAUGCCCUGCAAAGGAAGAUGGCAGAAAAGAACUACCAGUCCUGAUUGUAAGUAUCAAAAAAGAAAAUGAGACACUAGAGUCUCAGAAAAUUCUAGUAAAAAAUAGGUCUGAAAACAAUUUAGACCUUGAAACACAAGAACCUGCAACAUGGAAGGAGAAAGAAAGCCCCCAACAGUCAGCAAGGAAAGAGGAUGUUCAGCAAGAGUUGAUCCAAAAAAGACACAGUUAUUCGGUCUCUCAAUCAGACUUGAAUGAGAAGAUAGAGAGAAACCAACAACUUUUUUCUGAGGAGACAGAAACUCUCUCUUCCAACCCAUCAUGCAUGUACCCACAGGAAAACAUACUACAGCAAACAGGCAUAACCCAAAAUCUAGCUCAGCCAAUCAAAGCAUCAAGUACGGAACCUCACAAUGAUUCAUCAAAAAUAUUGUUUACUAGUGACAGCCAAGCUUCUCAUCAAUGCACUAAGGAACUCCUUAACGAGGGUCAGGAGGGUGCAAAACAAACAGCAUCUAUUCAGGCUCUGGAGGAGAAGCGGCCUUGAAGAGAAAAGCCAGUAUCACAAAGAGAAGCAAGAAACACAAAGCAGCGAUUUAUCACUACCCCAGGAGAAGAAUAUCUAAGAAAUUCCAUAUAUCUCAGCAGGCCUCACAUUCUUCCCUUCCAUUCAGCUCUACUUUCAGGGUCCUACCGCUAG